GUAGAGAAUUGUUAUUUCUAUCUCUAAAUAUAGAGGUAAAAGUAUGAUUCCCUAAAAAUGAAGGAGGUCUAGGCAUCAUGGGACUCUCAUCUUGGAACACACUAUUUUGGUAUCAAGUUGAUUUGGAUGCUUUAUUUAUGAGCCGAUUCUAUAUGGGUUGCUUGGGUUUGGGCAAAUACCUAUAGGGAGGUUCUUUCUGGUCUCUUAACUCGCGAAACUAUUCCAUUACAUGGACUUUGCGAAGGUUGUUAAAGCUCCGGCCUAUAGCUUUGUCUUUUUCUAUGUAUCAUGGUGCGUGGAGGAGAAGAAACUUUCUUUUGGUUUGACCCUUGGACGCCUUUGGUGUCUUGAUUGAUUACUUGGGCCCUGUGGGACCUGCAGAUUUGGACAUUCCUCUAGAUUCUCUGGUUUCGUCUAUCACUCACGAUUUUUCUUGGAGUUUACGGCCAGCUAGGUCUGAAAGACAGAUAAAUCUCCACGUUUAUCUCACUUCAUUCGCUCCUUCUCGUGGGUCAGAUGCGGUUAUAUGGAAAGUUUGAGACCGAAUUUGCACGAAAUUCUCUACCAAGGCAAUUUGACCAUCGAUUAGAUGGUUAAACCACAAGUUUCUUCGGCGAAAUUAAUUUGGAAUCAAGCUAUUAUUUCUAAGCAUAGGAUUACUUCAUGGUUGUUCAUUCUGAACCGCAAUCCGACUAUGGACCGCUUACUACCUUGGGGAUAUGAUCUGAAGAACUGCCGUCUUCUCUGUAGAAGUGCUCCCGAAUCAAGGGACCAUUUGUUGUUCCUAUGCCCAUACUCCUAUCUUGUCUGGAAAGCCGCUAUUGGUGUAUUUGGUUUUACUAUCCCUCAUGUUCAAUGGGAAUUUGUGCUUCAAUAGUUAUUUUAUGUUUCUAUUACUCAUGCUCAAUUGGUGGAUGUGCUUCAACUAUGGCAUGGGUUUAUCUAUGCUAUCUGGCAAAAGCGUAAUGCUUGUUACCAUAAUAGUCUUAAAAAAUCACACUGGAUGUUAUCUUGAGAAGUCAUCAAAUAGGCUAAGGACAAGCAUAGCUCUGCAUCAGAUCCUGGUUUGAGUUUGGUGGCGCCCUAGGUUGUGGUUUAAAGGUGCAUCCUCUAUGCUGUUGCACAAUUUUUUUCCACUUCCAUGGUCUUAAAAACCAUUGUGACCUUCUUCCUUUAUUCUCUUUUAAUACCCUUGUUUUUGUUCUAAAUUUAGUUUGUUGAUUUGUUUCCCUUUGUAAACUUUGUUUUCUUUAAUUUAAUAUGAAAGUCACUUAAGAAAAAAAAUCAUUUUUUGAACAUAUUUGUAUUGUGUAUGUCAUACUAAAGUUGAAAAAGGUUCCACGCAUAGAGUUGUCUUAGAAAUAUGCAACUUAUAUAUAUUAACUGCAAAUAAUUUAUUUUAUAAUUUUGAAAUAUUGUUUUGUUUCGACGAUUAUAUUUUGAGAUGUUUCGUUUGAAGUGGCAAAGAAAUAACAGAGUUGUAUUUUGAACCAAAAAAAAAAAAAAACAGAGUUGUACAUAAUUAGAUUAGUUCACCACUGAUAUGCUACUUUUUGUAUAUUUUCCUCGUUUAUUUUUAUCCAGUUGUAUUACAUAGCAAUUUUAUUAUUAUUCUAUAGUAUGACAAGAAUAGUAUAUUUUUCAGUAUGGAAACAUAAAGCUGUCAGCUAAGCUAAGACAUGAAAGAAGCUCACUUUGUUUUCAUGAUAUAGUUCGCCAACAUAAUGUUAGCAUAACAAGAAGAAUCACAUAUAAUUUUUACGCAAAGACCGUUUUUUUUUUUUCUGGCGCUAUUACAGAUCAUUUGAGUCUGAUUCUCAAAAUAGCAUAGUUACUUAAAAGAAAAAAGAGUAAAAUUCCAACUAAAUUUCAUUAAACCUUUUAAUACUUAAACUUUUUUGAUACUCAGUUUAAUACCCCAACUAAUUAUUUUGUAUAUUAUAAUACACAAACUUCUAAAAUUGUACCUUUUAAUAUCCAAAAUUUGUUUAUUUUAAUUAAAAAUAUUAAGAAAUUUCAAAUGAAAUUUAAAAAAUCUCCAAAUCUAAGAAAAAAAUAUAAAAUUUUAUUUUAAAAUUUAGGAAAGAAUGUAAAUAAAUUAGGGAGAAAUUUUUAAAAUUAAAAAAAUUAAUUGUGAAGGAAAAAAUAAAUUUGUUUCAUAUUUCAGAAACAAACUAAAUUUAAUAUUUAAAACUUAUAAGUUUUAUUUCAGGAUUUAAGGUUAUACACAAUUUGGUUACUUUAUUUCUCAAAAUUUGAAAAACUAUGAUUUCCUGAUUUUUUUUUUGUAAAUUUUAGAGACUUUUUAAAUUUUGUUUGAAAUUCAUUAGUAUUUAAUUAAAAUAAACAAAAUUUGGGUACUAAAAUGUGCACAAUUUUAAAAGUAUGUAUUAAAAUGAAGAAAAUAAUUAGUUGAGGUAUUAAACUGGGUUGUAGAAAUAUUUUGGUAUUAAAAGGUUUAACGAAAUUAAGUUAGGGUAUUUUUAUAGAAUUUCCCUAAAAUUAGUUUAAAAGAAAAUUUUCAAGAAAAUUAGUUAAAAUAGUGUUACUAAAAACAGAUUGGCAAACCAUAAAAGAAUGUAAUGUUAAAAAAAAAAACCAUAAAAGAAUGCUUGCGGAAGCCGGCAAAGCAAUGAAGUGAAGGCCAUUGCCACUUUUUGCUAAAAUAUCCAUAAAUUUUACGGUUGGCAAAUGGUAAUAAAAAAUUAUAACCAUAUAGAAAAAUUAUAUUGAGAAAAUAUAUUAUCGUGAAUUAAUAAAUAGUGAAACAAAUAGUAAGACAGAGCACUAACCAAUUACCUAGGAAACGCACGUUCACUCUCACACGCUCUCUCUCUCCCUCUUCCGCUGUUCUCUUUCAUAUUCAGAGCAUUCCUCUCUUUCUCCCUCUUACUUCUCCUUCAUCUCCCUCUUGUAGUCUUUUUAUUUCAGUCUCUCUGCACUCCGUGUUUCCAUCUCUCUCCUCACAUGUUUCUCUCUCUAACGGUGGACUGAUAUGCACACAGCUUUGUAUUCUCCGCCGUGAAUAAAUGGGGUGCAUGUUCUCUCACCUCGCCGCCAAGUUCGCCUUUUUCCCUCCUUCUCCUCCCACCUACCACCUUACCAAAAACCCCGAUGGAAAACUCUCCGCCGUCUCCGCUUCCUCCUCCUCCACUUUUCCCGCCGCCGGAGACUCAUCUAUCGACGUUAGAGUGGUGAAGACGAGACGCGGAAACAAAGUGGCAGCUUUCUACCUGAGAAACCCAAACGCGAGGCUCACACUUCUCUAUUCACAUGGAAAUGCUGCAGAUUUGGGACAACUCGUUGAUCUCUUCGUUCAACUCAAAGUCAAUCUCCGAGUUAAUCUUAUGGGGUAUGACUAUUCGGGCUACGGAGCCUCUACCGGUAAGCCGAGUGAGUAUGAUACAUAUGCGGAUAUAGAGGCGGUUUACGAGUGUUUGCAGACCGAAUAUGGUGUUGGACAAGAAGAUCUGAUUUUGUAUGGUCAGUCCGUUGGUAGUGGACCGACGCUGCACCUUGCCUCUAAGCUUCCUCGGCUUAGAGGUGUGGUUCUUCAUAGCGGCAUUCUCUCUGGUCUUCGUGUUCUAUGUCAUGUCAAGUUCAAGUUUUGUUGUGAUAUUUAUCCGAACGUAAAAAAGAUCAAGAAGGUCAAAUGCCCGGUUCUUGUCAUACACGGAACAGAAGAUGAUGUUGUAAACUGGCUGCACGGAAACAGGCUAUGGAAAAUGGCGAAAGAACCAUACGAACCGCUUUGGAUUAAAGGUGGUGGACAUUGCAACCUCGAGAUCUAUCCGGACUACAUUAGACAUCUCUAUCGGUUUAUACAAGACAUGGAGAAUACAACCACUAAGUCUCGUCUCAAGAAGAUUUGGCAAGAGAUCCGUAGGCGAGAUGAAUCCAAAGGAUGUUGUAGUUUCAAACUAUGUAGACCAAAAUGCCCUUCGUGUCCCAAACCUAGUUGCGAUUGCGGUGAAUGCGGUUGUUGCAAGUGUGAGCGUCUGUCUUUGAAAGGAUGUUUCUCUUGCUGUAAGAAACCGAGCUGUGUUGGUUGUUGCUGUCCCAAGUUCAAAUGCUGCAACUGCUUUGGGAAGCCUACGUAUCCGAAAUGCUCUUGUUGGAAAUGUCUAAAGUGCUCCGAGUCCGAGUGUUGUCGGAGUUGUUGCUGUGCCGGUUGCUUUAGCUGGCUCUGUUGUUGCGGCGGAGGGAAGAGGAAGGAGUUAAAGACGAGAGGAGGAGAAACUACGGUGGCCAAGCGUGAAGGGUAAUAUUGGUAUUUCGAUAUUUUUGUAUAGAUUCUGUUCAAAGAUUCGGUACAACACAUUUAUGGGAAGAGACUGAGUUUUCAGGCGAAAAGUUCUAUUAUCAUAUUGAGAAACAAAAUAUUUCAUGAGGAAAAAGUUGAUAAAAUGAAAUCUUGAAUCUUAGUACAAAUCCAAUAUCAUGUUAGUCAUUCUUGAAGAUAAGUAGUGUCUUCUGUAACAUGUAAAGUUAUUCAUGGUUUAGCACAACAUAUAAACUAUAACGUCCUCUGUUUUGAAAUGGAAAAAGAUAUAAAAAUACUAGUUCUAUCAUUGGCCAAAACUUGCUGGCAAAACACAUCCAAAAGCAGGUGAUAGAUUCAAUACAAAUACAGAUUGAGCAGCUGAGAUAGCACAAUUGGGAAAACAACUUAUUCAUACCCACACUACGAAGGCGGAGAAAAUACAUACCCAAACUAUAUUAACGGGCCAAAACAUACCUAAACUAAAUAAAAAUUUAAAUGGCAUACCUAAACUCAUAAAACAUAGGUAAAACAUGCAUAUAGCCGGUUAUAGGAUGAUUUGGACUACUUUUUAUUUUUAUUUUUUGUAGUUUAGACCCUAUAAAUUCUUAUUUUUUGUUAAUACGCCUUAAAUAACUUAACUAAUCAAAUUCAUUGUAUUUAUAUUUUUAAUUUGAAAAGUACAAUUUUAUUUUUUGACCUGAUUUUAAUUAAAUUUAAAUACUAAAUUUAGUUAUUUAGUUGAAAUUUAGAUAGUUAUCAUAUACAAAUAUUAAUUAAUUUAGUUAUUAAAGUAUGCUAUUUACCUUAUUAAAUCAUGAGCAUUAAUUAUAGAUAAUCUUAUUCAUAUGUAAUAUU